UCUGCCAGUCACGGACGUGUCGAGGCGUGGCGGCGAACCCUCCCAAGCUGAAUUGCUCCACUUCAAAUCGUCUAGUCUGAGACUACAACCCUUCCGUUCUCUCUGCUCCGGAUUUCAUCAACGCAUCCUCUGAGUUCUGGGCUGCAGUCAAUAUGGCAAGCCACAUCAAACAGAUAGCAGUCACUCCCACGCUGCAACAGGCCCAAACGGAUGCCUUGCUUUCUCUACUCAAUUUGAAUUCCGCCGACAAUACAGGUGACCAGCACCACAAAGCCACCACCGGACAGAAAGUCCCACAACCUGCCGGGAAACUCGUCUGGAAGAUACUCGUACUGGAUCAGCAAACGAAGGACGUGCUCGCGACCGUGCUACGUGUGCAAGACUUGCGAGAUGUUGGAGUAACAUUACAUGUACAAUUGAACUCGAACCGCCCUCCAUUGAGAGACGUCCCUGCUGUCUAUCUUGUCUCUCCGACACUGGCCAAUAUCAGGAGGAUAGCAGAGGACCUCGAGAAAGGUCUAUACGAAUCAUUUCAUCUCAACUUUGUCGAGCCGCUACCACGUGCGCUUUUGGAAGAGCUGGCGGCGUCUGUAGCGAGGGAUGGUACGGGGGAUAUGGUCCUGGACCAAUAUCUCUCAUUCAUCUCCCCUUCGCCGUCCCUCUUCUCGCUUCUGCCCCCACCGACCCCGCCGGCAAAUGCUGGACAGGUCGCCCCGUCGAAUCCGGUCACAUCGUAUACCAUUCUGAACUCGCCAGCUUCGACCGAGCAACAGAUUGAAGCCGAGAUCGAGCGGAUUGCAAGUGGAUUAUUCGGUGCUGUUGUCACCAUGGGGCAUGUGCCAUACAUCCGGUGUCCCAGGGGCAAUGCAGCAGAGAUGAUCGCAAAGAAAUUGGAGACGAAGAUCAGAGAUGCCUUACUGACUGCCUCAAGAGCGCCCUCCCAUUCUUCCUCUUCCAACUCUUUGUUUUCCCAAGACACUUCAGGGCUGAGCGGUCUUCAGCGUCCCUUGCUGCUGAUUUUGGACCGUAACAUCGAUUUGGCUUCGCCUAUUCUUCAUGGCUGGACGUAUCAAGCCCUGAUCUCGGACUGUUUCGAGAUGAACCUGAAUCGCGUCGUUGUUCCAGCUACAACAACUCAACCACCGCAGCCAAAGCGAUCUUAUGAUCUCGACUCGAAAGACUUUUUCUGGGAACGCAACGCUGCAAAUCCGUUCCCGCAAGUUGCAGAGGACAUCGACACAGAGCUGAACAAAUAUAAAUCUGACGCAGCCGAGAUCACCAGAAACACUGGGGUCAGCGACGUGAACGAUAUUGCUCAGUUGGAUCUGUCGGCCAACGCAGCCCACCUCAAGACAGCGAUUACUCAGCUACCUGAAUUGACGGCUCGCAAAGCCACUCUGGACACGCAUAUGAACAUUGCGACCACUCUUCUGGAGCACAUCAAACAGCGAGGCCUAGACGAGCUGUUCAGCAUUGAGGAGGCCAUCAACAAACAGUCCAUGCAAACCAUCAUGAGCACUCUGCGUGGAGAUUCUCCUGCGUUGUCUGCCGAGGACAAGCUGCGCUUAGUGGUCACAUUUUAUCUUUCUCGAGGGUCAGACAACAUGUUGUCGAAGGAUGAUGUGAGCGAACUGGAAAAAGAGCUGAAGAGCUCUGGUGCCAACAUUGGCGCUUUUGAAUAUGUGCGCAAGUUGCGUGAGGUGGAACGGAUGAGCAUGGGAACGUUCUCUGUCGCCACCGGAGCAGGCACUCCGGCCAAUGAAUCGGCGGGCGGCGAGCUCUUCAAAGGCUUCAGUGCGCUUGGAAACAAGUUAACGGACCGAUUCGCGACCACAGGCUUUGAGGGGCUGAUCUCAGGGGUCAAGAACUUCUUGCCCACGAACAAGCUGCUGCCCGUUACCCGUGUGACCGAGGCUCUCAUGGACUCUGCCAGUGCAUCAAAUUCUUCCUUGCAAGAAACCGACGACUUUCUGUUCUUGGAUCCUCGUGCGCCACGGACUUCGGCAAUCGGCCCUGGUGGAAUUGGGGGCAGCGGGGCUGGAACCGGACGAAGCCGGCGGAUGGCGUUUGCUGAGAGUGUGGUUUUCGUUGUUGGCGGCGCUGGCUACGUCGAGUACGGAAAUCUUGAAGAAUGGGCAGCAAAGACGGGGAAGCGGGUCACUUAUGGAGGCACAGAUAUUGUGGACCCUAGCGCUUUCAUUCGCAUUCUCGAGGGAUUAGCCACGGGGACGUAG